CUGGAAAAUUCCACACCCGAAUUAACUCCACCCUAUGCGCCUUCUCUCCUGCCCCAGGCUCUUCACUCGCAGUCCCCAUCCCAGCGGCCUUUGCGUGGACAAAAUGGCAGCCCCCAUGCCGCGGGGAUUGUCUUGCUUAUCCAGGGCUUUAGGAUGGUGGUCUCGGCAGCCAGUCCUGGUGACUCAGUCAAUAGCUGUAUUUCCAGUGAGAACUAAAAAACGUUUCACACCACCUGCUUAUGAACCCAAAUACAAAUCAGAAAAGGAGUUUAUGGAACAUGCCCGGAAAGCAGGACUGCUCAUUCCUCCAGAACGUUUGGAGCGUCCCAUACAUCUGGCCUGUACAGCUGGUAUCUUUGAUGCCUAUGUUCCUCCAGAGGGUGAUGCUCGGGUGUCAUCUCUUUCAAGGGAAGGACUGUCACAGAAAACUGAGCGAUUGAAGAAGAAUGUGGAAUCACAAUUGUCAAUACGGAAGAUAAAACAAUAUGACGCUAAUUUUAAAGUAAAGGACUUCCCUGAAAAGGCUCAGGAUAUCUUCAUUGAAGCUCACCUUUGUUUAAACAACUCAGACUAUGACCGACUUCAUACCUUGGCAACUGAAAACUGUUUUCCGGACAUGGUCUGGGACAUCAAAUAUAAGACCGUCCGCUGGAGCUUCGUAGAAUCUUUAGAGCCACCCCAUGUGGUUCAGGUUCGCUGUUCAAGUAUGCUGAACCAGAGCAACAUAUAUGGCCAGGUCACCGUCCGCAUGCAUACCCGGCAGACUUUGGCCAUCUAUGACCGGUUUGGCAGAUUAAUGUAUGGACAGGAAGAUGUGCCCAAGGAUGUCCUGGAGUAUGUUGUGUUUGAAAAGCACCUGACAAACCCCUAUAGCAACUGGAGAAUGCAUGGCAAGAUCAUCCCGCCAUGGGCGCCCCCUAAGCAGCCCAUCCUUAAGACGGUGAUGAUCCCUGGCCCCCAGCUGAAGCCCUGGGAAGACUAUGAAGAGCCACAAGGAGAGGCCCAUAAGCCUCAGCUAACCUGAUAGCAAAAGUGAUUUCUGGGGUGAAGCAUGGGUGAUGAGGUAUCUGGGAGCUGUGAAGUCUGGGAGUCGGGAGCUGUGAAGUCUUCCAUCUCCGUCAUGCAGUAGAACGAACUACCUUUGUUCUCUCAUGUCCUGCGUGGGUCUUUUUAGCAGUUUCAUCCUCAACAACCAUAGCUGAUGGCUAGGCCCAGGUGAGUGGCUGCUAUGCACAGCCAUGGACCCCCUUCUUUUUAAGAUUUUAUAUCUAGCUUCUGGGUCUAGAUGAAAGUAUGUUUCGGAGAACAUCUAAUAACAAAUUUUCCCACAGCAGGUACUGUCAGGAGCAAACUAGCAGAAUUUUCUUAUCACGGGAUAAAGAGUUUGA